GUAAAUAAGAUAAACAACAAAAACAAGCGUCAGAAUUUUUCUGUCUGACUGUUGUUUGUGAUCAGUGUCGUUUGUGUUUAGUCGGCUUGUUCACGUGUAUUGAUGCUCUUGUCGAUGUUUUCGACCCACAGCACGACUAAGUAUGUAAGAAUUAUGUUGCCGCAACAGACAGCGUAAGGGAAUCAUACUUCUGUGACGGCUUUCAUUGAAGCGGAAAUAAAAAUGGCUGUCCAUGGGACUACACCAAAACGGAAGGAAAUAUACAAAUAUGAAGCCCCAUGGCCUUUGUACAGUAUGAAUUGGUCUGUGCGGCCUGACAAACGCUACAGACUGGCUAUUGGGAGUUUUGUGGAAGAAUAUAAUAACAAAGUCCAGAUUGUAUCUCUUGAUGAAGACACCUCAGAUAUUAGUGCCAAAAGCACAUUCGACCACCCCUAUCCUACCACCAAAAUUAUGUGGAUUCCUGACAGUAAAGGUGUCUUCACUGACCUCUUAGCCACCAGUGGUGAUUAUUUAAGAGUUUGGAGAGCAGGAGAGCCAGAGACACGCUUGGAGUGUGUGCUAAAUAAUAAUAAAAAUUCAGAUUUUUGCGCUCCACUUACUUCUUUUGAUUGGAAUGAAGUUGACCCAAAUUUAAUAGGAACAUCAAGUAUAGAUACAACUUGUACUAUUUGGGGUCUGGAGACUGGACAGAUGGUGGGCCGAGUUCAAGUGGUAACCGGUCAUGUUAAAACGCAAUUAAUCGCUCACGAUAAGGAGGUUUAUGAUAUAGCCUUCAGCCGGGCUGGGGGUGGACGAGACAUGUUUGCUUCAGUUGGUGCCGAUGGCUCUGUAAGAAUGUUUGAUUUAAGACAUUUGGAGCACUCGACUAUAAUAUAUGAAGACCCAUCUCACACGCCGUUACUACGCCUGGCUUGGAAUAAGCAAGAUCCCAAUUAUCUUGCAACAGUAGCAAUGGAUGCGUGUGAGGUUAUUAUUCUAGAUGUAAGAGUGCCGUGUACUCCUGUUGCCCGCCUCAAUAACCACCGCGCUUGUGUCAAUGGAAUUGCUUGGGCCCCUCACUCUUCUUGUCACAUUUGUACUGCAGGUGAUGACCACCAAGCACUGAUUUGGGAUAUCCAGCAAAUGCCAAGGGCAAUCGAAGAUCCAAUCCUUGCUUACACCGCAGCUGAGGGAGAGAUAAACCAGAUCCAAUGGGGCGCCACUCAACCAGACUGGAUUGCAAUUUGCUACAACAAAUCACUUGAAAUUUUAAGAGUGUAAAAAAAAAAUUGUCACUUUUUAAGGAAAAUGGUUUGUUAUUGUUGUUUCUUUGCUAAGCUUGGCCCUUGGUUUGGACUGAAAAGAACUUGCUGUUUUAUUUCUUUCAAUCAGAGUGGUCUUGUACACUAAAAAUAAUGAAGACUUUUUUUCAACUUGUACAUAACAUGCAGAGAAAAUCCUGACUUUCACAGUUUGAUUGUGAUUUUAUAGACUCAAAUCCAAUGGACUAUUUCAAUAAUUUUAAAGAUUUAGACAGUGCAAAAUCUCUGUCACACUUCUCUGCCUUUUAAAAGAAAUGGGAAGGUUUUUUUUUUUAAAUUUGUCCUUUUUUAUGCAAGAGGUGCUAUUGAAGUCACUGUCGACCCUUACUCAAUAAGUUGACUAAGGUGCCCAAAUGAAGUAUAAUUUGUACUGGCCUUAAUUUGGUCAGGGUUUCAAAGUCCUCCACUGAAUACUUGCUGUUUUAAGUUGUUGUGUUUUCAUUGUUUUUCUUCUAGAUUUCCUCCAGGUUUAUUUCUUUGUUCAAUUCAUUUCCUUCUUUCUUCUCUCCUUUGAUAUGUUUUGAAUUCUCUUUUGUACAUAGUUUACUUGUGUAAGUUAAUACUACUUUGCCUGACCUUUUGAAUGAAUAAGGUAUCCCAUCUAAAGAAAUAUUUAUAUAUUUGUGUAUAUUUUCGUCACUACAUAAUGUAUUCACAACAAAAUUAGCUGUAUUAUUUAUUAGUAUAUCUAUCUUUUAGUAUCCGUUUUUCCCCACAAUCAUGUAAGUUCUCUUGCAUUUGAGCUUUUCCUUUAAUUCCUAGUUUGAUCAAUGUGUCUGUCAUUUGAUUGGUAUUCUUUGUUCACAAUGUCUACGCUGGGAAUCUCAAGGCCUUCAAUCAUUCAGUAAAAUUUAUAGGCCGAAUUUCGCAUUGGAGGUAAUGUCCAUUUGCUUCUCUUCUUAUUUUGUAUGUCCUAGUGCGUACUCUAGGGGAAGUACCCAAAUUGUGUAACACAAUUUUCUCUGAAUAAAUUUUUUCUUGGCCACCAUUGAACAUUGUUUAAAUGAAUCUAAAUAAAAUGAGCAUACAUGUAAGGGAAAUAAA